AUACUGUAGGUAUAGUAUACUGUUGGCUUAGAGCAUGCUAAACUGAAAAAUGUGCUGGCGCAGGUGCUUUCCCUAGCGAGGGGAUCGCGGAACCGCUGCCAAGGUAGGGCGGCGCGUCGCACGGUUGACCACCCCGCUGACUGACAGCAUCCUUUGACGCCGUCGUGGUUCCCACGUGGCCACACGCUCAAUCCGUGUUAAAUUUUAAUUUUACGGCGGUCGCGAUUAAGGUGCUGAUCGAGGUUGCGCCUGAGGUGGGGAUGCUUUCUCGCUGUUACGGCGGUGUCCGGCUCUCCGGAGGUCGCAUGAUCUCGCUGGGCUGGCGAUCGGCCGCAACGCACCUGAAUAGGAUCGUCAAAACCAAGUUAAUUUUGCUGGUUGAGUUGGUGACUACUGUACGGCGAGGCCAAAAAGUUAUAACCGAGACAGAAUGAGAUAUCGAAACACACUCGGAUGGUUGCUUGAAUUGUGGCUUUCCGAUGGACUCGCAGUAGUUCUCACGUACUUUUUCGUGCCCGAAACCGCUGGCCUGUCGCUGGAGGAAGUCAACGAACUCUUUGGUGAGAAAGUCUUGGUGAACCUGACCCACGCCUCGGAAGAAGAGAAGAAGAAUAUUGAUCGAGCGAUUGAAGAGAAGGAGAUGGUGGUGACGAAUCAUUCGGAAAGCAUAGUAGAGCAAAUUACAGGAUGAUGUGAAUCUCUGGCCAGCACAGUGUGGGUUGGAGAACUUGCGAUGGUUGCAUUCGCGCCAGUCAUGAGGAAAGUGCUUGCCAUGACAAGUUCGAGUCACCGUUGAUGUAAUCCUAUUGCUUCCAGUCGAGCUGUCACACACUGCAAAUAGUUCUGGAAAUUCCACCCUGGACUGAACUGAGUAUUGGCGAUGUAGUGAAUCGU